UGAGUGUAAACAGAAGCGUCAUGUGUUCUUCAGGUUUAACAGAUGACCAGAUUCUGUUUCUGUUAGAUGAUUCCGAACUAAGUGGCGUCUCUUCAGACGAAGAUGAAAAGUUUGCUCCUUCUCCUACAAAUGCCAAACAAAUAGACAGCGAAAAUGAAGAUGAUUCUAUCUCUGAUGAAACAUGUGGAGUACAGAACACUUCAGAUUGUUGUAAAAGAGAAUCCAGACCUUUCCUUUAUCGCGAAAUGGAUUUCACAGAGAAGUGUCAUCCACCACAAAUAGAUCAUAUUCCUGUGGAGAAUCCUUCGCCCAUUCAGAGCCCUGCUCAGUAUUUUUCUGAAUAUUUCAGUGAAUGUUUCUUCGACAAUGCUGCCAAGUUCACAAACAUGUAUAGUGUGGCUAAAGUGGCAAGUCAUUAGAUACAACAGCUAGACAAAUAAAGCUGUUCUUUGGAAUUAACUUAAUUAUGGGGAGCAUAAGGUAUCCUAGGUUACCUAUGUAUUGGCAGAAAUUCAUUUCUCUGGGUGCAGUUAGUAACAGUAUGUCCCGAGACCGUUUUGUUGCCCUGUGAUACAACAUAUAUUUUGUAGAUACUGUGGCACCACCUCAAGAUGCCCAAAUGAAUAGACGUGGAAGAUUCAAUCACUCACUCAUACUGUGAGAGAGAGAGAUGCCAUACUUUACCCUGAACAUUCAAUUAUCACAGCAUCGAUAAACAAAUGAUACCCUUCACAGGGCAUUGCAAAUUAAAACAAUAUGUCAAAGGGAAACCUAGGCCUUUAGAGAUUAAGAACUUUGUUUUGGCUUCACCUCCAGGUAUAGUUUUAGAUUUUGAGAUAUAUCAGGGUGCCAGCACUAAUUUUGGUGACAAGUCGUUAGGCUUAGGACCAUCAGUGAUUUUGCAGCUUUCCCAACCCUAAUAAAAAAUGUUAAACUGAAAGGAAAAAUGUAUAGAGGAGAAUUUCAUCAGUACAUUAGAUCAAAUGAGGCAGUCAUUAUAACUGAGUGGCAGGACAAUCAAAAGGUUGUUGUGGCAUCGACUUCUGCUGGCAUAGAGCCAAAGGGCAAAGUCCAAAGGGCUAUUUAGAAAUAUCGGCAGUCGCUGAAAGUGUUACCUGGCUGAAUUCCCGGAAGUUAUUUGAAAGUUGUAUACGCCAGGAGAAACUCAGGGCUCGUAUGCAGGCCUGUUAAACCUUUCCUCCCUGAAAAUAUUUUUCAAUGUGCCAGAACUGCAAAUAGUAUUAUAAUAUUGCCGUAGUGUCCUUGAUUACAGAAAAAAUACUGAAAUUUU